AAGAGGCUCUCAUUGUCUCUAUGUCUCGUUUGUAAUACCAAACAACACACCUUCCUCCACGGAAUGGGGUGCAGACAUGAAUUUGACUGCCGCACUUUCUUGUUCUCUCGCCGCUACUUCUCUUUCCGCCGCCAAACUCCGCCGGGAUAAAUGCACCUCCUCUGAGACACGUCCCUCCACCACAUGCAUGCCCUUUUCCCUCCGUCUUCACCAACACCACCACUCUUUUUUGUUGCGAGUUGCAAAUGAUGCUGAUAGGACUGAACUGCCUUCUGAUGCCGCAACUGAAACAUCAUAUUCAGAUGUUGAUAAGAUUGUUGAUGGUUUGGACUUUGGUGAGCUGUGCAAUGACUUUGAGUGCAUCAGUAGUCCCUUGGUAGAAUCCACUGCAAGGCAACUUGUUCGCGAUAUACUCGAGCUACGGGAAGGAAAUAGAGCACUUGGAACCUUUGCUUUUUCUGUCAGAUACAAGGAUCCUAUCAGGAGUUUUACCGGUCGUGAUAAGUACAAAAGAUCACUAUGGGCAACCAGUGCACUAGAAAACCCAUCUGUGACUGUGCAGGAAAUGGUGAUGCUGUCAACCAGUGUGUUAAGCAUCAAGUGGACAAUGAAAGGGAAGCCUAAAUCUUUUAUUGCUAGGGUGGGAGGAGAUGUGAUACUACGAAUCACUUCCAAAUUUACUCUUAACCAAAUCAGUGGACAAGUCAUUGAGCAUGAAGAGUUCUGGGACUUGUCAGCUUCAUCGGCUAGUGCUCAGGCAUUUUUCUGGACAUCACGUGCUCUAUUUGCCACUGUUGAAUCUGUAAAAGACUUGGGUGAUAGUGCUAAGAAUAUGAGUAGUAAUUUUGAAUCCGAGAAAGAGAACUUGGAGAUUUAUCCAGAUCCUUCUGGCGAUCCAACCAAGUUCUUCCAGAGGGACGACAGCUUUCAGCAAGAUGUAUACCAGAUUGCACUGUUCCUGGCAAUUCUUUAUUUUGUGGUACAAUUUCUGAGGACAACUUUGUAAAGCCUUCCUUCCUUGUAUCAAUCUUCAUCUCACAUCUCUUUACUCCUGAAUAUUGAUCAUUAUAAAGUGUGAUUGUCAGCUUGUAAUCAUAAUGCUGUUUUGUCAAAGUUAUAUUCAAAUAUAUUCUCACUGGUUGACUGUAUAUUCAGAAGUUUCCCUUGGGAUUU